GUUCUUGCAGGUCCUGCAUUGGCUCAAUGUAUAGUUCCGGCUUCAUAUGUGAAAACUCUAUUUUCAAUGGAGCUUGGAAAGGAAACCGUGACGCAGAUUCUGCAAACGGAAUUGAUCCAAGAUGUGCAGAAAUUCCGCGGCAAAUGCCACUCAAUUUUGGCACAGAAUCGUCGCCUAGAAAAUAACGUCGAGGACGCAUUGAUUCUGUUCAAGAAUGCGACCAAUGACUGCUAUUUCUGCUACGAUCUCAUUGUGCGAAGUGCCAAUGUAAUUCAGUACAGAAGAAGUCAGUGUGGAAGCUUGGGAGCGGGUGACAACGGAAGCACUAUUUGCAACACCCUGGUAGAUGCCGAACUGGAGACUGGCUUUGUUCGUGCCCGAGAAGAUUACUCUGACUUCAACUGUAAAAGUAUUCUUGAAGGAAUCUAUGCCUUCGAUUAUCGGAUUGUGGGAAAUACCGGACUGUGCAGCAGCCCAUUCAGUACAAUCAAAGCAUGCCAACGACAAGGAUCUCCUCUGCGAGACAAUUCAGUGUUUGAACAGACAUUUGGCUAUUGUCCAAACUUCCAAGAUGUAUCCAUCCUCGAGGAUCCGAAUAUUGUAUUCGGCAAGGCAAAUAUUUGGCGAUGUUACGGACGUUGGACCGAUCGAAGCAACAAUAUCUGGGCUGCCAUUGCAUACGACACAAAUCAACUCAGAUUUAAGUAUCGAUGCCUUACAACACGCAUUGAUCAGCAGAAUCCAACGGAUUUGUAUUACUGGGGAAUGUCCACAGAUGCUGACUGUAAGGUUGUGCAUUCCUAUCAGACCGCACCUAUUCGUCUCGAACUGCGACCAGCGUUUGACCCCGAAACACAGUUGGCCGAAUUGCAACCAGGUUGUAAAUUGCCAACGAAUUUCAGCGGUGCUUGGUUUUACCCAAGUGAAUACCAGACAACGGUCGUGAUUAACUCCACACACAUUUUCAUGAAACGCAAACGGGCGGAGUUUGUGUACGAUUACAUCUAUUUCGUGUGUCGCCAACAACAAGAAUCACGCUACCUAAUGUCUGUUGUGACUCUGGGAAAGUGGGAGGCUUGUCAAUGGAGCUCGUUCACCCUGAAUUACAUUGAAUGGACCUAUGAAUACUUUAUCCAAGAUCCUCCGGUCCCGAUAAACUGCCCAAUCCAAGGAAAAUUCAAGUUUAUUCAAAGGGGACAGGAACAGGAGAAGUAUGAUACGAAAAUUCCAGGUGGCAUGACUCCAAGACCGUGGCUUCAGGUUUUGUGCUACAACUACUGGCAAUCGAACAUACAAGCCUGUCUUCAGGACCCAAAAACACUACAGUUGGAUGUCCAGAAGUGCUGGCGACUUGAUUUCGCGGGUCAACCAAUAUCGGAGUACAAUGUUGUAGACAAUUAUAUCACAUGUGUGGGUUUCUGGAUGGAAGAUACGAAGUCCUUUCUGAUCACACAUGACAAACAGGAUCCGGUUACGAACAAUUUCCGUUGCUGGGUGUACAAACGUGUUGGAUUCCGAAAUUACCUCAUGUCCCGUGGCAGGGGGAAUCAGUGCUCGAAAAUCCAGACUGCGGAAUCUUCACUGCCCGAAGAAGGCGCCUCGCUGCUUCUCGAACUUACAGAGGACGAACUGCAAUUUGACGUGUGUCCCAUGUCUUGGGAUGACGGUCGCAAUCCUUAUGCCAGUCAAGAUGUGCUUGAUGUGUACGGCGUGGCAACACACAAAGGUUUUUCCACUCAUGCGAUAUUAUUGUCGACAAUACCAUUCCCUGGUGGUCGGAAACCCCAAAAUGGUCAAUAA